AUGGUUGGCUUACUGGACUUACCGAGCGAACUGCUCUUCAAUAUCAUCGACCUUGUGCUUUCAACGCCAACUGUGCAACCAAAGAACGGCACACGUUAUCGGCCCAACUGGUGGAACACCUCUCAACGCAAUCUGUACUGCAUACCCAACCUGGAUCAUUUGAAAAGUCCGAAGGUCAUAAAUCUGCUACUCCUCAACCGAAGAAUAUACAUCGAGACUAUUGAAUACCUCUCAAAAGCGCCGCGAAACUUCGAGGUCGACAUCGCAGUUGUAAACGAUCAUUGGCUCUGGCCGACACCACGCGUUGCUCCCGUACGCAAGCUUGACGGAAUUAUCGAAAGAUUAGAUGUCAAUAUCAUACCCUGCUGUACCGGAGGACAGCGGUCCCUGCAAACGGGUUGGGAUGAUGACAUUGGGCAAAACAUGUUUGAUCUGUCUAUGGGAAACUUUGCUGCAGAGGUACUUCUAGCCCCAUUGCUCUACUUCUUGCUUUAUUCGCAAACGGACGUGUGCAUAGACAAGCACAUAUCAAAGGUCUUCCAGGGUUUAGAAAUUUGGGUCGACCCACCUCUAGAUGCUCAUCUGUCUGACCAUUUAGACGAUGGCCAGGAUCUGCCCAUUACUCAGAUUGAUACUGUGGCAAUCUUUGUUGACACGUCAAGAUAUGGAAAUGGUAAUGAGAGUUUAAGCCCAGUAGUAGUGCCUUCACGGAAGAUUCAAGGUCUCGCUCACCUCGAUUUCGAGCAACUGUACCCAAUCGACCGUGCAAAGUCAGAACACUACCUUCGUGGACUGAGCAGCUAUAUCGAUGAGUGGACUCGCACUUGGAGCACUGAGAGAGUAGGGGAAAGAAUCGGCAGAAUACAGUUCUAUCUUGACAAAGAAAUGUGGAAGGAACUGGAUUUCACAAGGCGUGACACAGGUGUUUGA